UCCGCAGUCAUUUGCUUAAAGUUAGUGAACGUGCUAGUAUCGCGUAUCUGGCGGCGCGGCUUCCACACGACAACAAAAACACACAAACUUGCUACAAAAACGUUUACCUUUGGCUUCUUAUUUUGUUUUGUUUCGAGCUUAAAGUUUGUGUUUUUUUUUCUUAUUUUGCGAAACCGAAAUAUGCAGUUCACCAGGAGCCGUUUGUUAUUAUCGAUGGCCGUGCUAUCGGCACUGCUAUCGUUAUCGCUGGGAUUCCCUGCUCCACAGCAAGCCAAUUCCGAACUGGAGGCCACGUUCCAGGAUAGCAGCGAUCCCGACCUGAAUCCCAUCAAUGCAGAGGAGGUGUUAGGUGUCCAGGAGCGCAACAAAAGAAAACUGCCCGAUGCCACAUUCGAGGCUAAGAACGCUGUCCUUGGCUUUGUCUUCGGCAAAAUCGACAACUUCCUGGACACAAAGACGCGGGUGAUCGAGCAGCUGGACCGAUCGAACAUCGAGAAGAACAAGCAGUGGGACAUCAAGUCGCCGGUGCCCAUCAAGGAUUUCCAGACUCUGAUCACCGCCGUGGUGUCGCCCAAGAUCCGUUCCAUUGGCAACAUUGCCAAUGAUCUGACCACCGGUGUGCUGACCACUAUAACCGCCUUCAGUGGCUCCUCGUCGGGCGGUGGCAAUGCCAAUGCCGGUCUGGGCAAUGUAGUGUCCAAGUUCCUCAGCUUCUCGGGACCCAUUCUGCAGGGAUCCUCCGGCGGUGUGAAUGGUAUCGCCGGCGUGACGACACCAGCUCCAGAUUCCGACGAAGCGGGCUACUAGAAGAACUAACACUAACACCAACGAUCCAAGGCCAACCAAUGAGAGCUGUAAUUUAUCGUUGAACUCUUGAGUAAUCCUUCUCCAGGUCCUUCUCCUUACCCUUACCCUUAACUCUAUCCCUUUCCCCACAUUCGAAUCCAUCAGAAUUUGUGUUGAAAAUACAACCCCAACCCCAACCCCGAAUCCUCGCUCGAAUCGUUUUUAUUUUUUUUUGUUUACACCCUAGUUAAGUUCAUGUUUGUAAAUAUUCGGCAUAAACAAAUAUAUAUAUAUAUAUAUAGAGAAAUCCACGACUCCACAAAAAACGAAUAAAACCGAAAAAACAGAAAACCAA